AUGCUCGAUCGCAAUUUAGAUAAAAGUUUUCAAAAAAAACUAGUCAUGGUAUUACCAACAUUACAAUCGUAUUCUGCUACAAGACAUUUUGCUACACCUCAACAAAUUAUGCAUCGAAAGCAAGAAAUUGAAGCAGAUAAAAAAGCAAAAUUGGCUGAAAAUGCUAAAUACUUUCGUACCGCGUCGACAAAGAGUGCAGUUCAUAGUCACUGGACAUCGCCGGGAUCAGCCGUUUUAAGUAAGGAAGCAUUACGUGCAGAAAACGAAAAAGAAAUAAAAAUAAAUCGUCUGGAACAACGUCGAAAUCGUCUAGCAAAUAUUCUUGAUUUAGAAAAAACGAAGUUUGAACAAGAAUUAACAUCGAUACGUCGUACAUCACGAGAAACAAUACCGGAUAUGAAAAAUCGUGCUGAAUCAUUAAGAGCUGUCAGAGAAGAAGAACGAAAACAAGUUGCCAGUGAGAAAUUGUACGAUCAUUGGAUUCAAAAUGAUCCUGAUUUACGACGUAUUGAAAAUGAAAAAUUAGAAAAUCUAAAUCCUGAAAAAUGGUCAAGUCAAAUUGAUGAAAAACGUCAGCAAGAAGAUUUUGAACGUGAACAAGAAGAAAAAUAUCGUGAACAAAUGCGUGAGCAACAAAGAUUCGAUGAUGAGCAAGAACGUCAUAAACAAGAACAACGAAGACAAAGAAUUGAUCAAUUAAAAGAUAUUUUAUUAGAACAAAUGAAUGAAUUGAAGGAAAAAGAGCAAGAAUCUGAAAUGUUGAAACAAGAGGAGGAACGUUUGUUAAAAGAACAAUGGGAAUUAGAUCGUUUUGAGGAAGAACGAAAAGAAAUGGAAAAACGUUAUGCUCAACAAGAUUAUGGUCGUCAAUUACUUCGUCAACACAAAGCAAAAAUGCAUAAAAAGGCGAAAGAAGUUCAAGAACAAUUGGAACUUGAUAUGAAAAUACUGUCUUCAAUUGCGUAUCAAGAUGCACAAGAUUUUGAAGAACAAUCCGAACAACGUGAACAAUUACGACAUGAUGCUGAGCAAAUGUUAAGAGAUUUUCAACAACAAAUGAAAGUCGAAAAAGAAAAAGAAGCAGAAUUAGAUACUAUGUUUCAAGAAGAAGCGGCGAAAGAAUGGCAACGUCGUGAAGCCGAAUGGGAACGUGAAAAACGUUUACGUGAAAAAUUAAUUAAAGAAGUAUUAGAUGAACGUCAACAACAAGUUAUGGAAAAAUUACAACAAUUAAAACAACAACAAGAAGAAUCAUUAGAGAGACGAGCAGAACUUGUUAAAGAAAUGCAACAAGCAAGAGAAUAUAAUAAAUUAGAAAAAGAAAAACAAUUAAGACAACGUGAAGAAAAUAAACAAGAUAUUAAAAAACAGAUUUCAAUUGUUGAACAAGAGCGUGCUCAAUCUCGUUUGGACGCUGAAUUACACGAACGUGCUGAAAAAGAAGAAAAACGACAGUUUGAUCAAUUAUUGCAAAAACAAAAAGGAAUUGUGUCUGCUACAACUGUACAACCAAAGUUUUAUGGACGUCGAAAAAUGAACUGGAAUUAA